AUGGGGUUUCUCCACGUUGGUCAGGCUGGUCUCAAAUUCCCGACCUCAGGAGAUCUGCCCGCCCCAGCCUCCCAAAAUGCUGGGAUUUCAGGCGUGAGCCACCGCGCCCAGCCUCCUUUAGGGUUUAACGGUCUGUUGACAUUCAGGGACGUGGCCAUAGAAUUCUCUCAGGAGGAGUGGAAAUGUCUGGACCCUGCUCAGAGGACUCUAUACAGAGACGUGAUGCUGGAGAAUUAUAGAAACCUGGUCUCCCUGGCUAUCUCUUCCAAAUGCAUGACAAGGAAGUUCUCAUCAACAGGGCAAGGCAGUACGGAAGUGAUCCACACUGGGACAUUGCAAAGACAAGCAAGUCAUCACAUUGGAGAUUUUUCCCUCCAGGAAAUUGAGAAAGAUUUUCAGGACUUUGAGUUUCAGUGGCAAGAAGAUGAAAGAAAUGGCCAUGAAGCACUCAUGACAGAAAUCAAAAAGUUGACUGGUAGUACAGACCGACAUGAUCAAAGGCAUGCUAGAAACAAGCCUAUUAAAGAUCAGGUUGGACAAAGCUUUCAUUUGCAUCUGCCUGAACUGCAGGUAUUUCAGAGCAAAGGGAAAAUUGAUAAUCAGGUUGAGAAGUUUAUCAGUGAUGCUUCCUCGGUUUCAACAUCCCAAAGAAUUUCUUGUAUUCCUAAAACCCAUAUUUCUAAUAAGUAUGGGAAUAAUUUCCUCCAUUCUUCAUUACUCACACAAAAACAGGAGGUACACAUGAGAGAACAAUCUUUCCAAUGUAAUGAGAGUGACAAAGCCUUUAAUUGUAGCUCACUGUUAAAAAAACGUCAGAUAACCCAUUUAGGAGAGAAACAAUAUAAAUGUGAUGUAUGUGGCAAGGUCUUUAAUCAGAAGCGAUACCUUGCAUGCCAUAGUAGAUGUCACACUGGUGAGAAACCGUACAAGUGUAAUGAGUGUGGCAAGACCUUCAGUCACAUGUCGUGCCUUGUAAUUCACAAGGCAAUUCAUACUGGAGAGAAACCUUACAAGUGUAAUGAAUGUGGCAAGGUUUUUAAUCAACAAUCAAACCUUGCACGUCAUCGUAGACUUCAUACUGGAGAGAAACCUUACAAAUGUGAAGAAUGUGACAAAGUUUUCAGUCGCAAAUCACACCUUGAAAGACAUAGGAGAAUUCACACUGGAGAGAAACCAUACAAAUGUAAGAUUUGUGACAAGGCUUUUGGACGUGAUUCACACCUGGCACAACAUAUUAUAAUUCACACUAGAGAGAAACCUUACAAGUGUAAUGACUGUGGCAAGACCUUCGUUCAAAAUUCAUCUCUUGUAAUGCAUAAGGUCAUUCAUACUGGAGAGAAACGUUACAAGUGUAAUGAAUGUGGCAAAAGUUUUAAUCACAAAUCAAGUCUUGCAUAUCAUCAUAGACUUCAUACUGGAGAGAAACCUUACAAGUGUAAUGAUUGUGGCAAGGUUUUUAAUCGAAAAUCAAACCUUGCACGUCAUUAUAGACUUCAUACUGGAGAAAAACCUUACAAAUGUGAAGAAUGUGACAAAGUUUUCAAUUUCAAGUCACUCCUUGAAAUACAUAGGACAGUUCAUACUGGAGAGAAACCAUACAAAUGUAAGGUUUGUGACAAGGCAUUCAGGUAUGAUUCACAUUUGGCACAACAUGCUGGAAUUCACAUUGGAGAGAAACCGUACAAGUGUAAUGAGUGUGGCAAAGCCUUCUGUGGCCAGUCAACACUCAUUCACCAUCAAGCAAUCCAUGUUGUAGGGAAACUUUACUAAUGUAAUGAUUGUCGCAAAGUCUUCAGUAACGCUACAACCAUUGCAAAUCAUUGGAGAACCAUAACGAAGUGAGAUCUUACAAGUGUUAUAAAUGUGGCAGAUUUUUCAGGCAUCAUUCUUACCUUGCAGUUUAUCAGCGAACUCAUACUGGAGAGAAACCUUACAAAUGUGAUGACUGUGGCAAGAUCUUCAGUCAAGUUUCAUCUUACACAAAACAUAGGAGAAUUCAUACAGGAAAGAAACCUCACAAGUGUGAUGAUUGUGUCAAAGCCUUUAUUUCACGUUCAUGCCCCAUU